AUGGCGCCGAAAGACCCGAUGUCUAUUAUAAUUUUCUCACCAACUAUCGCACUGUACAUCAUCUGCACCGCUGUCUGUAUUUGGUGGAUGCAACUGACAUUGUAUCGGCAAAGGAAGGACUUCGCAGAAAACGGCUCCGAUUAUAACGUCUCAACAGACCCAGAUAUUGUAAAAAUACCACUUUUGCCAAGUGUCCAAAUUGAGUUUCUCCUACAGCUGAAAUGCACGUUGCCUCAAUGGUGCGACAUCCUCCUUCAACUAAUGAUGUUCAUCCUCAUCAUCGGGCGCUGGCUCCUGCCCAAAGGCAAACUGUCACGUGAUCAGCUCUCACAGCUGCUGUUGGUGCAGAUUGGAAUAGCGGCAGACAUCUUAGAACUUCUUUCCGAGGGCUUCUCAGCAAAUCUAAAAGACAUCCAGGGUGCCGUUUGGGUGUUAAUCGUCUGGAGUUGGAGUCUUCCGCAAUUCACGCUCAGUUUGACAGUGAUGAAAAGAAAGAAGCAUAAGAUGUCCAAACGUUUGGUCUUCGAAGAUGACCCUUCGAGAUCACUCGAUGACAAAGACUACCAUCGCUGCCGUGAAGUCUGCUGUGCCACCGACAUGUGGUCCAUACUUCUCUCCCUCCUUAUGCAGGACGUGCCCUUCUUAGUGCUCCGUCUUUGGCUCAUUUAUUCCUCAGGGAAAUCAGAAGAAUCCCUGCUAAUGAGCCAGGCGUUCUUCUUCUCGUGCAAGAACGCCGUCGUCAUUCUUCUUCAGAUGUACCGGGUGGCUGUCAUCCUCAGCGAAAACCGAAUGAAAAAGAGAGCGUGGAAGCUAGCUACGAAGAAGAAAAACAAGACGGAGAUUGCGGCCGCGCUUAAAUCGAAUAUGACGGUGGUGACCGAGACAGCACCAGAGGAGGAGUCGACAGCUGAUAUCGGUGUUUGGUACACCCAGCAAGCUCCGUGUAGGGAUUCUGAGUUACGUGUGAUUCGCAGAGAUGUCGGCCUGCAAACAGAUUCUAUGCUGACUCUCAAAACCGAUCGGGUUUAG